UCUCUUUGUAUCUGCUGUGCAUGUGUGUGUAUGUGUGUGUGUGCUUCCACAUGGUGCUCAGCAAUGAUUCCUCCCAGGACAUUUCCUCUCUUGCUCUGAUUUAUUAGUUUCUUUUGUGGCCCAAAAAUGUGGAUCUCCAGGUGUGGUCGCUGCCGAGGGGCUUCAUGGAUCAGCAGCCGGAAAUGAGGCACGGCAGCUGGCUAGCAGAGUGUGAGCUGCGGUGGGAGCUCCUGGAGGAGCAAGAGUCCGGCUGUUCCCAAACAUCAGCACUUUACAUUGAGCCAUGGGUGUAGCCGCACGCCUGCUGGUGUGAACACAGCUGGAUCAGCGUGGUGGUGCCUGAGCAGUCUCUCUUACAACAUCCUAGACACUCGCACACCUCACCACAGAAAGACGGCAGCAAACAUGACAGACAGAGUGAGCUCCACCCCCAAAACAGCCCCCCGGCCUACUGCUGCACCUCCAGUGCUCCCCCCCGAGCCCAUCGACAUCAUCCGCGUCAAGGCCCGCUCCCGGCGGGUCAGGCUCAACGUCGGAGGCCUCACACAUGAAGUUCUCUGGAGAACACUAGACCGGCUGCCUCGAACCCGUCUGGGACGCCUAAGAGACUGCAACACCCAUGAAUCAUUGCUGGAGAUCUGCGAUGACUACAGCCUCACUGAAAACGAGUACUUCUUCGACCGGCACCCCAUGGCCUUCUCCUCUAUCCUCAACUUCUACAGAACGGGGAAGCUGCACAUGAUGGAGGAGAUGUGCGCCCUGUCCUUUGGCCAGGAGCUGGACUACUGGGGUAUCGAUGAAAUCUACCUGGAGUCGUGCUGCCAGGCACGGUACCACCAGAAGAAGGAGCAGAUGAACGAGGAGCUGAGGAGGGAGGCGGAGACACUGAGGGAUAAGGACGGUGAGGAGGAGGAGCAGGGAUGCUGUCCUGAAAACAGACAGAAGCUCUGGGAUCUGCUGGAGAAGCCCAGCUCAUCUGUGGCUGCGAAGGUCCUGGCCAUGAUCUCCAUCCUGUUCAUAGUCAUUUCCACCAUCUCACUGUCUCUCAACACGCUGCCAGAGCUGCAGGUGGUGGAUGAAUUUGGCCAGUACAAUGACAACCCCAGCCUGGCACAUGUGGAGGCUGUGUGCAUUGCCUGGUUCACCAUGGAGUACAUCCUGCGUCUGCUCUCUGCACCAAACAAGUGGAAUUUUAUCAAAGCACCGCUGAACAUCAUUGACCUGCUGGCUAUUCUGCCUUACUACGUGACCCUCUGCCUAACUGAGUCCAACAAGAACGUGAUGCAGUUCCAGAAUGUGCGCCGUGUCGUUCAGAUCUUUCGAAUCAUGAGGAUCCUGAGAAUACUGAAGCUGGCCAGGCACUCAACUGGACUCCAGUCUUUAGGCUUCACUUUGCGAAGGAGCUACAAUGAGUUGGGUCUGUUGAUCCUCUUCUUAGCCAUGGGCAUUAUGAUCUUCUCUAGUUUGGUGUUCUUUGCUGAGAAGGACGAGGACGCCACCAAAUUCACCAGUAUCCCUGCAUCCUUCUGGUGGGCUACAAUUACUAUGACCACUGUUGGCUAUGGAGACAUUUACCCUCAAACGUUGCUGGGCAAGAUAGUAGGAGGGCUCUGCUGCAUAGCCGGUGUGUUGGUCAUCGCCCUUCCCAUCCCAAUCAUUGUCAACAACUUCUCUGAAUUCUACCGUGAGCAGAAAAGGCAGGAGAAGGCCAUCAAGAGGAGGGAAGCUCUUGAAAGGGCCAAACGGAGCGGGAGCAUUAUUUCAAUUAACCUUAAGGAUGCGUUUGCACGUAGUAUGGAACUCACAGAUGUGCUGGUAGAAAAGAGAGAGGACAGUAAGUGUCCUGUGGAGAACCACCUCUCACCCAGCCGCUACAGCUACCAGAGGCAAUACCCCAGCGCAGAGGUGUGCAGUCCAGGCAGGUCUCAACAUUCUCAUUACCAGGAAGUAGCUCAGCAGGGCUCUCCGGAGCGAGUCAAGCUCUCAUCGAACAAAACAACCCCUCAACACCUCAGCGCAAAAAGUCUGGAAGAGGCGUACAACAAGACGGCAAAUGUCAGCAAAGUGUCACUGGAGAUGAAAACAAUUACAUCGACUCAAGUGCAACAGAAUUCGCCUGAGCUUAGCGUUAUCAAGACAUUCUCCAACGCGACCGGGGACGUUCCAGUGAAAAGAGGAGAAAGCAGUUCUCCUCAACAUAGUGCUGAACGAAAUCAAAAUGGAUCUAGACAACAUCCAAUCCCCCCUCCUUUGGUUCUAAGCCAAAUACGCGCUAUGGAAGUGACGGGGGGCUCAGACAGCGUCCAGACAGGGACCCUCAUAAAAGAGGGCUUGUAUGAGUUUGUGUCAGGCUCCGGAGUAAGUGCCACUGGAGAUAUGGACUUAAAGCCACAGAGUGAGGAGAGCUUUGGAAGGACCUAUGAUCACAUCGGCAGCUCCUUGCAAGGUCACAGCAACCCUCACAAGACGAGAGCUCUAAACGUCGACCUCAUCAGUUCUGAGGAUGAUGUGCUGAUGCCUGUGAUGACACCUGCGGCGACCCCUACAGGCUCAGCCAAAGUGGCUCAGCUACUUCACGAUGACAUCGUUUCUAGGUUUUCUACACCUCAUAGUUCUUUAACUCAGGGAGUUAAAUCUCCUUUAGCAAUCCUGCAAUCUCCAUCUUUGGCCCGGCAGUCCGUGAGUCCAAGCUCCUCCCAGGGGGGAGGUGAGAGCUCAGCAGCCAAGGGCUUAGAAGGUGAAGGACAGCUCACGGGUUUAAGCCACCAGGGAAGGAAUCACAUGGAGAGGUCUGCCACCGGGCCAGGCAGCAGCUCUUGCCCACUGUCAGGCAAAGCAAGCCCCCUCAACUGCACUCAGGAGCUGCUCACUAUAGAAGGAGUGGAGGAAAGAGGAGGAGCAGAGGGAGCAGAACAGAGUGGAGGAAAACCAGAGAACCACAUAGUUAUGGAUGGAAGCGUGUCUCCGCCCUGUGAAACAAGCAUGUGACCUCUGAGGUCACAAUGCUUGUUUACAAACAGGGAUGCUGAGGGGCGAGAUAAAGAGAUGAUAAAUAAAUCUGUGGGCUCUGCAGCUGUGGACAAAGAUGCAUUAAAGUGUGAAGAGUUGUUUUUGUGGAGAAAUGCACGUUUGUCAUAUCACACAAGACUUUUUGACUCUAAUCCUUGUCUUGGCAUGCACGAUUGUCACAAAAUUGUGACAAAAGCAGUGUGGCAUUUGUGGGACAUGGAGGAGAGUCAGGAGCACAUGUCCACUGUCUUGGUCAUAUCUGUCUCACAGAUAUCUGAUAUCAGAUAUCGGUCUGAUUUGAUUUUUGAUUUUUGAUUUCAGGUUGGGUCUGGCACUAGAAGAACAGUGGACGUGAGCAAAAACAAAGCCUUGUGUGAAUCAGAGUGUUCUGGAGAGUUCAUGUGUUCAGGUCUAACUUUCAGUUUUAUAUUGCUUCAUAAAUCUCAAAAAUCAAAAUGGACAUAUCUUUUUCAAGGUUGGAAAAACAAUAAGAAGUCAUUAUUUUGAACCUUUGGUUUGCUUACUUCUAUUAUCUCAAUAUAACAUUUUUUUGUGAUGGGGACACAAAUUAAACACAAGCACAUGAUACAGGAGAACAGUCUUGCUCCUAUCACUCUUAGAACAGAAUGAAUUGUGGGUCCUGAAAUAGCCAUGUUUGCACAUGUCUCUACAAUGAAACAACACUGUCUGUCAGUGGCUCCUCCUUCAUUUUGAUGACCGUUAUUACAGUUGAAUGACGCUUCCUAUGUGGGUGAACAUUGUAACCAUAUUUUCAAUCCAAACAAACUGAUUAGCCAUUGUUCAAGUAUUGUGUCCAGGCAGGGUCAGCAGAGUUUACAGAUCACCCAAGAAAACAUUGUUGGUUUUGGUCUCUGUGAGACUGGUAUCUUAUUAAAGAUGUUUUAUCCACUCA